CUCUAAUCUUGUAUGCAACAGCAGUACUCACCUGGGCGUUUACAUUCCUCAUGGUUGGCCUCUACCCUAACCUUGCCAAGGGUAACACGCCGGUUAUGUUACUCGUGACCAUAACAUCGACCGCUAUGUUCGCUACUAUUGUCCGCGUGUUCGACGGCACAUUGGAUGCAGUUCCUCUAAUCCAGGGCAUCGAAGUAUCUGGAUACACUUUGCUCGGUCUCGCCUAUGUCAUCUUCAUCGUGUUGACAAUCGGACUAUCAUACGAGAUAUACAAGGAACAAUCGGAGGUGGGGGGUUCGUCGAAGGCGGGUGUUUCAGAGACAGGAGUUUCGGAGACGGGGAAUCCCAGUCAUAUCCUCAUUGACACUAUCGAAACGAUCACUCCUGACCCUGAAAGUUAACCAAAGUAUUCUUUACUAGUAAGUCGUUGUAUUCCUGAUUAAC